AUGGGAUUAUCACCCACGGCAAUCUUCAUCAGGAGCCGAGUUGACGUUCUUAUGAGGACUGAUCAUUCGGUUCUCUACAUUGACAAAUCUGAGCCAGAGAUUGUCCUGAAAGCGGAAACAAUAUGGAUAGACGGCAAACCCUAUGGUCCGCCUUCAAUGGUUGAAGAGACCAGUGAUGACCUCACUCGUGAGCACGAGGUUUACAAAGCUAUAUCUCCCCACCGCUACAUCACGAAAUGCUUUGGAAUUAUUCGUGAUGAUGAUGGCCAUGCUAUCACACUCAAGCUUGAACGAGCAACUAAGGGCAACCUCCGUCACAUAAUCGAAGAAACUCCAGAACCGCCAUCAAUCGAUCGUCGACUUGAAAUGGCUACUAUGCUUGCCGAGAGUAUCGCUUAUCUCCAUUCUAGGGGUGUAAUCUGGGGAGACAUCUCAACGCGGAAUGUCCUUGUCUUCAAUGACGAUUCGAUGACGAUAUGCGACUUUGCGAGUUCUGCUCUCAGCCAGACUUACCCCGAGUUCGGUCCUCACACAUAUGAGCCUGCGUACUGUCCAGCUCUACCAGAAGAACAAGUUGGCGAACUUUCUAUGAUGCAACGAGAGUUGUACGCUCUUGGAUCGGCGAUCUACGAGAUUACAGAAUGGAAAUUCCCAUAUGCAGCCAUCGAUGGCGAUAUUUGGGAAAUUGUCGAAUCAGGUACUAUACCUGUUAUUGGGAGUGAUAAUAUUGCUGGAGGAGUGAUCGAUCGAUGCUGGCGGUUUGGAUAUGAUUCUGCUAGUGUUAUACUGGACGAUCUAGCAGCUCUCGUAAAGCAAGUACCAAAGGAAUGA